GGAGAGGAGGAGGAGCAGCAGCAGGAGCAGGAGCUGCCCUGCUUUCCGUCUCACUCUCUAGCCCAGAAUCACUGAGUUAGAAUUCCACAUCCAGUUGAAGUUUGGCUGCUGUUACCUUCAGCAGGCUGGUCGGCGGAUUCCCUCUCAGCAGAGAGGUGUGGACCAGAUUGAAUUCCUGCAUUUUUAGUCAGCAAGACUCCUGCCCAGUCCUUCACUGAGGGGAUUUCUCUGCUGGGCAUUGUUCCUGUCAUCAACUUUGUACGGUGGAACCAGCCAGCUGGGUGCAGAUUGAGAAUCACGCUCCUUGGCUCUGUCAGUUGGGCAAGCAGCAGUACUGUGGCUUAAAGUUCAUCCUGUUUCCUUUUUUUUUUUUUUUUCCCGGUCAAACCAAGAAGUGCUUCUGAAUGGAUUUCCUCUUAAAGACAACAGUUGAAUCCCCAAACUUGAGAAUUGAUGGUUUUAAUGUGGCUUUUUGUAGAUUUCUUAACUCUUACUUGGUUGCAACAAUAAGGAUAAAAGUCAAGCCAGGAUCCAGGGGCCUGUGCUAGGUGUGGAGACCAUACAUGGAACCUUUCCAGGAAACACUGUGGGCUAAGCCCAAGGCAGCAGCUAGCAAUAAUUGCUAGAAAUAUACUGAAAAGAAUAGGGCCUUCAAAGACAGCUAACCAUCCUUACCAGAAAUACGAGGAAGAAGCAGAGAAUCCCUCAGACUUGGAGGGAGACAAUGAAACGAUUAUUACAAGAGUCAGAGGAAGAAGUCAUGGUCACUUUGGGUCCCUCCUCCCGGCUUUCCCCAGAUAAAGCUAAGGCAGAGACAGUGUGUGGCAUCAACAACAAGUCCCUGGAUCCCUCUGGACCCAUACCGGAGGACAGCUCACUGCCCUCUUGCUCUGGGCCCAUAGCUCCAGCCAUUGGUGGGGAGAAAGAUGGGGGCCUGGCCCAGCACUGCAGUUUUGGGCAGCAGAUCAACAAUCAGUUUUCUCUGAGUUCCACUGUCCAUGCUUCUGGGGUUGGCUGUCAGGAGCACUCAGCUGCCAGUGUUCCCACAAGCUCUCAAGAAUCCUCAGAAAGAAACCAAGCAAAGCUCCUUUUGUCCACAGGCGUCAGCCAAGGCUGCAGCCGUGGACAGCGAGAGCCUUUGGGGGACGUGGUGGACUAUAUUGUCAGAGAGCUGCAAGGCAUCAGCCGGCUUCAAACUGAGAUUGCUGAGCUGCAGCUGCACUUGAGCCAAGUUCAAGGUUCGGUAGAUGAAGUUUCUAACUGUGUAGACUCAGUUCUGAGUGAAAUAGAAGGCUUGCAGGCGGGCAGCAGCUCCCUGGCCAAGGCAUGUGGCAGGAGAAGGACCCACAGAGCCCAUGCAGACAGACCCAGUGAGGAAGCCAUCUUAUAUCUGUAUGGGCUUCCUGAGCAAGAUGGGGAAAACACCGUGGAGCUGGUGCACAGCCUCCUGGCUCAGCACCUCUCUCUUAAUGGCAUGCAGUGCAACCGGUACAUUAUAGAGGCUUACAGGGCAGGCAGAGCCGCAGCCCACAGGCCUGCUGUCGUAAAGCUUGCCCACCUUGAGCUUAGAGAUUUCAUCUUGCAGAAUGCUACCUUUUUGAAGAGCAAAGGGAUCUGGAUUGCCACCCGAGAAGAACCAGCCUGGCCACAGUAUGGCAAGGAUCGUCCAAAGGAAUCUCCAUCAUCUUUGCAACAACUUCAGGAUCAUAGUUUAAGUCCUUUAAACCUAGGUAGAUCAGCUCUUCAGAAGGAAACAGGGAGCAGCGAGGCCAUCACAGGAGCACAUCAAAUGAACCCUCAGAAUCAACAUGGAGAACCACAGGCCCCCGAGCAGCAAGUCCUCUGCUUCCUACCCAGGAGCAGUUUAGCAAAGCAGACUGAGGUAACCAAGCCAGGGGAUAAAGUGCAAGGAGCACUGGCAACGGCCCGCAUUGUCGGUGGCUGUGGUGGUGAACUAACUGAGGAAGCGGCAUCUCAGUCCACCCUCCAUCGAUCUGAGGCGCCUUGCCUAGUAUCUAUCUCAAAAAAGGAGGAUGCUGAGAAAUCUGAGGUUUCCACACAGUGCAACCAAGGACUUGAAUCCGGUAAAGUAACAAAACCAGAAAACAACCGCAGUGACAAAAGUGAGGCCAGCAACUGCCUAUCACUGUCUGACUUGCUAAAGGCACAAGACAAGCUCCUGGACUGUGAAGCGGGGCUGAAUAUCCUGAGCUCAAAGCAGUUAGAGGAUCUUUUGACAGACAAGUCCAGAGGAUUUUCAGCUCUGAGCCGUGACAGCAUGAUGGAAGAUAUUGUCCUAGGGCCCAGGAAUUUCAACGAAAUGGUUCCUAUUGACUUGAAUGAAGAGGAGGAGCGUCCCACUCAGGUUCUUACAGAGGUCUUUGAGAAUUCCUCCUGUGGGCUGGGAAGCUCACAGGAGGAUGAAGAGAUCAAGUUUUAUGGCAGCAAAUUGGGUCGAGCAAUUCAUCACUUUCGUUCGGCUCUGCAAGGGGUGUUUCAGAAGCUGGAGCACAGCGGCUCCAUCAGCCCAGAGGACCUGGAAAGCAAUGAGAGUGGGUCCCAGUCAGGGAACAGUGAUAAACUUCUUGGGACAGUGAGUUCAGGGUGCGCCCAAGAUAUCUCGAUGGAGAGUCCUGGGAGUCAGGGGAGUGAGAGCUCGCUCAGCGUGGUCUCUGGGGGACUGGGUACCUCCACACAUGGAGACCAAAGCUCUCAGGACCCCAGCAACUUCUCUCUGGCUUCUAACAACUCACCCCUUGAAUAUUCAUCACCAAGUUUUGCUCCGUAUCUGGGAAGUGACGCUUGUCCUCGGCCUGAAUCUCCCAAGCAAGCAAGACUUAGCCUAGAUCAGGUGUGUGCAGAAACCAUCUACCUCAACAAAUGCAUCAGCAAUUUUAAAAAUGUCCUCCGAGAGAAGAGACUGAGGCAGAAAAAACUCUUGCAAGAGUUAGUGCAGAAGGCAAACCAUCUCUCAGUAGAAGACACGAACCCAGAAGGAAAGCGAGGAGACCUUCAGAUUCCAGAUGACGGUGACGCCUCUCUGCCCCAGUGGCUCCCAGAAGGGCCAGCUGGAGGGCUCUAUGGCAUUGACAGCAUGCCAGACCUGCGCAGAAAGAAGCCACUGCCACUUGUCAGUGAUCUGUCAUUGGUCCAGUCCCGGAAGGCAGGGAUUACUUCUGCAAUGGCGACACGCACCUCUCUCAAGGAUGAAGAGCUGAAAUCCCACGUGUACAAGAAAACCCUGCAGGCCUUAAUCUACCCCAUCUCGUGCACCACGCCCCACAACUUCGAGGUCUGGACGGCCACCACCCCAACCUACUGCUAUGAGUGUGAAGGCCUGCUCUGGGGCAUUGCCCGGCAGGGCAUGCGCUGCAGCGAGUGUGGAGUCAAGUGCCACGAGAAGUGCCAAGACCUGCUCAAUGCUGACUGCCUGCAGCGGGCUGCAGAAAAGAGCUCUAAACAUGGAGCUGAGGACCGUACCCAGAAUAUCAUCAUGGCCAUGAAGGACCGUAUGAAGAUCCGAGAACGAAAUAAGCCCGAGAUUUUUGAAGUUAUCCGGGAUGUCUUCACAGUGAGCAAGGUUGCCCAUGUGCAGCAAAUGAAGACAGUGAAGCAGAGUGUCCUGGAUGGCACCUCCAAAUGGUCGGCCAAGAUUACCAUCACAGUGGUGUGUGCCCAGGGUCUUCAAGCCAAGGACAAGACAGGAUCCAGUGACCCUUAUGUGACUGUGCAAGUGGGCAAAACCAAGAAGCGUACCAAGACCAUUUUUGGGAACCUGAAUCCUAUUUGGGAAGAGAAGUUCCACUUUGAGUGCCACAACUCCUCUGACCGCAUCAAGGUGCGUGUGUGGGACGAGGAUGAUGACAUCAAGUCGAGAGUAAAGCAGCGGCUAAAGCGAGAGUCUGAUGAUUUCCUUGGCCAAACCAUCAUUGAGGUUCGGACACUGAGUGGAGAGAUGGACGUCUGGUACAACUUGGAGAAGAGGACAGACAAAUCUGCCGUCUCAGGGGCUAUCCGACUCCAAAUCAGUGUGGAAAUCAAAGGGGAGGAGAAGGUAGCUCCGUAUCACGUGCAGUAUACGUGUCUCCACGAGAACCUCUUCCAUUACCUCACAGACAUUCAGGGCAGUGGAGGCGUUCGAAUCCCCGAGGCUCGAGGAGAUGACGCAUGGAAGGUGUACUUUGAUGAAACCGCUCAAGAAAUUGUGGAUGAGUUCGCCAUGCGCUAUGGCAUCGAGUCCAUCUAUCAGGCCAUGACGCACUUUGCAUGUCUGUCAUCCAAGUACAUGUGCCCUGGGGUGCCAGCAGUGAUGAGUACCUUACUGGCCAACAUCAACGCCUAUUAUGCCCACACAACCGCCUCCACCAAUGUCUCCGCAUCAGAUCGCUUUGCAGCCUCUAACUUUGGGAAAGAGAGAUUUGUGAAACUACUGGACCAACUGCACAACUCACUGAGGAUCGACCUCUCUACCUAUAGGAAUAAUUUCCCUGCUGGGAACCCUGAGCGGCUUCAGGACUUAAAGUCCACUGUGGAUUUGCUGACCAGCAUUACUUUCUUCAGAAUGAAGGUGCAGGAACUGCAGAGCCCUCCAAGGGCCAGCCAAGUAGUGAAGGAUUGUGUGAAGGCCUGUUUGAACUCCACAUACGAAUAUAUCUUCAACAACUGUCAUGAAUUGUACAGCCACCAGUACCAGUUGAAGCAGGAGCUGCCCCCCGAGGAACAAGGUCCCAGCAUUCGGAACCUGGACUUCUGGCCCAAACUUAUCACACUGAUUGUGUCCAUCAUAGAGGAAGAUAAGAAUUCCUACACACUUGUUCUGAACCAGUUUCCUCAGGAGUUGAAUGUGGGGAAAGUCAGCGCAGAAGUGCUGUGGCACCUCUUUGCCCAAGACAUGAAAUAUGCACUGGAGGAGCACGAAAAAGACCGGCUGUGUAAAAGUGCUGACUACAUGAACCUACACUUCAAGGUGAAGUGGCUCCACAAUGAAUAUGUGCAGGACCUGCCCGCUGUCCAGGGCCAGGUGCCCGAAUACCCCGCAUGGUUUGAGCAAUUUGUCCUACAAUGGCUGGAUGAGAAUGAGGAUGUGUCCCUGGAAUUCCUGCGUGGGGCCCUGGAACGAGAUAAGAAGGAUGGGUUCCAGCAGACAUCAGAGCAUGCGCUCUUUUCCUGCUCUGUGGUGGAUGUCUUCACACAGCUCAACCAGAGCUUUGAGAUCAUCCGGAAGCUGGAGUGUCCCGACCCCAGCAUUCUUGCCCACUAUAUGCGGAGAUUUGCCAAGACCAUUGGGAAGGUGCUGAUACAAUAUGCGGACAUUUUAUCAAAGGACUUCCCGGCUUAUUGCACAAAGGAGAAAAUGCCCUGCAUCCUGAUGAACAACAUGCAGCAACUGAGGGUCCAGCUGGAGAAAAUGUUCGAGGCCAUGGGAGGCAAGGAGCUGGACUCCGAGGCUGCAGACAGUCUGAAGGAACUGCAGGUGAAGCUGAAUACGGUUCUGGAUGAGCUCAGCAUGGUGUUUGGAAACAGUUUCCAGGUGCGGAUCGACGAGUGUGUCCGACAGAUGGCUGACAUCCUGGGCCAUGUGCGCGGCACAGGGAAUGCGUCCCCCAACGCCAGGGCCUCCGUGGCUCAGGAUGCAGACAGUGUGCUCCGGCCUCUCAUGGACUUCCUGGAUGGCAACCUCACGCUCUUUGCCACUGUGUGUGAGAAGACCGUGCUGAAGCGUGUGCUGAAGGAACUCUGGCGGGUGGUAAUGAACACAAUGGAAAGGCUGAUUGUUCUGCCCCCUCUCACUGACCAGACGGGCACUCAGCUUAUCUUCACUGCUGCCAAAGAGCUGAGCCAUCUUUCCAAACUCAAGGACCACAUGGUGAGAGAAGAGACUCGGAGUCUCACUCCAAAGCAGUGCGCUGUCCUCGACCUCGCCCUGGACACCAUCAAGCAAUACUUCCAUGCAGGAGGGAAUGGGCUGAAGAAAACCUUUCUGGAAAAGAGUCCAGAUCUUCAGUCCCUACGUUAUGCCCUGUCUCUCUACACACAAACCACAGACACACUCAUCAAGACCUUUGUGCGCUCACAGACUGCUCAGGUGCAUGAUGGGAAAGGUAUUAGGUUUACUGCUAAUGAGGACAUUCGGCCGGAAAAGGGGUCUGGUGUGGAUGAUCCUGUGGGAGAAGUCUCUAUUCAAGUGGACUUGUUUACACAUCCUGGCACUGGGGAGCACAAAGUCACAGUAAAAGUGGUAGCUGCCAAUGACCUCAAGUGGCAGACAGCGGGUAUGUUCCGACCCUUUGUGGAAGUGACCAUGGUUGGCCCACACCAAAGUGAUAAGAAGAGGAAGUUCACUACGAAGUCAAAAAGCAACAACUGGACCCCCAAGUACAAUGAGACAUUUCAUUUCCUCCUGGGGAACGAAGAAGGGCCAGAGGCCUAUGAGCUGCAAAUAUGUGUGAAGGAUUACUGCUUUGCUCGGGAGGACCGUGUUCUGGGGCUGGCCGUGAUGCCUCUGAGGGACGUAGCAGCCAAGGGCAGCUGUGCCUGUUGGUGCCCUCUGGGACGGAAGAUCCACAUGGAUGAGACGGGCAUGACCAUUCUCAGGAUUCUGUCUCAGCGGAGCAAUGAUGAAGUGGCCCGGGAGUUUGUGAAGCUCAAAUCAGAGUCCCGUUCCACAGAGGAGGGAAGCUGAGAGCCUUGCCCCUUUGCCAACCUGAUGGCAUCAUGCCACUAACAGGGCCAAGGAGACUUACAGUGUAGCUAGCUUAACGUCCUUCGAGGCAGCAGACUGCUUCACUGAAAGGAAUUUAAGGGAGAACUGGGAUUGGUGAAAUUAUGACUUUUCACAUUAAAAAAAAAAAAGGGAAAAUAAAGGAACAUGACAGGGGCAGGGGUGGUGGUGUCGUCCCAAAUCCCUGACCAGCAGGCCUCUGGUGCUAGGAGCCGGACCGUGGAAAUUGCCACAGAGGAAGGUUUCCCAUAAAGAGAGAGGGACAAGUAUUGGGACAGUAUCCACAAUUCUUGGUAGACACCCCUGAACCCCAGAACCCACUCUUACCCCCCCCUCCAUACCAUACCAGAUCAGUUAUACCCAAAUAUACCGACAAGGAUGUAGUUUAGAGGGCCUGGAGCUUGGACCCGUCUAGCUGCAUAAUCAGUUGUGUGUGCAGGUAUCCUUGGGCCCCGCAGUCUGGACUGAAGUAUGGCUGGGGCAGGAGCCCACCAAACAGAACUCAGAUGGUCCCUUGAGCAGAAUCCACAAGUUUUUGUGUGGCUCCAGUGAGAACAAGGCUUUGAAACCGAACAAGAUUGCUUCCAGAAAUGAGCUGUGUCAAUCCCAUCCCUCCAGAUUCUAUCUCAUGAAUAGAGCCAAGUGCACAUGGUGCUUCAGAGCCCUGAGCAGAAUAUUCUUUGGAACUCAAGCACCAGGGACCACCUGCCCAGGAGUCCCCCCUACCUCACUCCUGUCGUGGGGAGAGUGAUACUUCCGGACAUUAGAGGUUGCUCUGUGUAUGCACCUGAGGGUAACCUGAAGGACCAGGAGGGACCAGGAGGAAGGGUUGUAUUUUCUUCUUGGGUAGGCCCCAAACAAAGCCAAAAGUUGUGGAAAACGAGCCUAGAAAGAAUCCUUCUCACCUGUGGCCACUGCCUUCUGUCUGGCCUUCCCUUUGCAAAAAGACUUUAACUUCUGUAUUUAUUCCCCUCUCUCUAGGUCAGCUGCUAUAUCCCUUCAUAGAUGUUCAGCCCUACAGAAGGAACUUGGACUAUGAUUCCUCUGUACAGGCCGGAUAGAAGGGCUUGAGGGGUGGGUGGUACUCUCUGGAAGAUUAGUGACAAGCUCAUCCAGGGGUUCUUAGGGACGUCCUGGGCCUUUGCUCAAAGAUGUGACAUGACCCUUGGUAGCAACUUCCUGGGCCUCCCUCCCAAGGAUGCUGCAUUGUCCACAACUGUACUGGCAAUUGCAGAAAAUUAAGCAUCUUUGCUGUUGUUGAUUAUUGUAUGUGCCAUUGUUACAGGAGAUUUUUAGUAGUCUGUAAUAAAUUAUCUUAUAACAGCC